AGAGCGCUGGCGUCUGCUCAUUGUGAUUCUAUCUGAACACAAAAAAAUCGGGGGGUGAAAAUAGCAGGGAAAGCCACGGACUGUUCCCUGGCUUUCCUGUAAUUCAGCGGGAAUAGACCGAACCAAAUCACGGGUUAUACGGAUGUGCCGACGACCGCGCGAACUGAAGUGGGAUACCGAAAACUGAAGAGAGAGGGCUUUUAUUGUAUUUUCCCAAAGCGACGCAGAGGCGAGAGCGCGACCCUGCGUUGUUGCUGCUCCCAUUCGGGGCACCAUGAAGCUCCCGUGCUGGAUGGCGCUAGCGCUGCUCCUCGCGCAGACCACACUGGCACAGCGAGGUUCCCCUCUGUCGGAGGAUAUGGAGGGAUCUGGGGACGAGUUCUAUGAUGACGAGGAUCUUUUCUCCGGUUCAGGCUCUGGCUUUCCAGAACUAGAAGCCAGUCCCACAGGCCUGGGUGUAUCCUUCACCACACAGGAACCCCUCCCGCUUUCAACAACGCAAGCCACAGGCCCUGCUCCCUCUGCCUCACCUGCCGCAGAGCCUAGUAGCCCCCCUCCUCCAGAGAGCGAAAUAGAGAGUGGGUUGGAAUGGGAGAUAGACAAAGAAAGGGAGCGAGAACAGGAGAUGGAGAAAGAGAGAGAACAGGAAAUGGAACGGGAAAGAGAGAGACAACGGGAACUGGAGAGGCAAAGACAACGCGAGAUGGAGCAGGAGAGGGAGAGGCAAAGAGAGAGGGAAAGAGAGAGAGAACAGGAAAUGGAGCGAGAACGAGAGAGACAACGAGAAUUGGAGAGGCAAAGACAACGUGAAAUGGAGCAGGAGAGGGAGAGAGAGAGAGAGAGGGAAAGAGAGAGAAUUAGGGAACGAGAAAGAGAGAGAGAAAGGGAGAGGGCCAGGAGCACGAUUACACCACGAUUGGCUGGUCCUAUUUCCACGAGCUCUUCGGACACUCUCGCCCAAAGCACAGCGCCCCCUGACUGCCUGGAUGGCACCUGCGCCACCAACGAAGAGGAAGAUCUCUUCAUCACCACGGAAACAAGUCAGUUUGACCUUAUCACUGCCGAGGACACCACUACAGAAGACACUGCCACCUCUGAGGCCACUCCCACCACAAUCGUCUCCACUGCCACCCCACCAACCAGCACGCAAGCUCUAACCCCACCCCCAAGCACCGCACCUCCACGGCCAUGGCAACCCAAAAUGACACCCAGCCCAGCCCAACCCACUGAGAGUUGGGCACGCCCAAUGCCCACCUCCACUGUGCAGACGCGCCCCCCAGAAGACGGGAAUAACGAGGUUGCCGGGGUGGGUCCCAGCGGCGAUUUUGAAAUUCGAGAGGACGAUAAUCGCCAAAACAACGACGUCGGGCGUGGCAAAGGUGUGUCCGGCACGGGAGCAGAGCCCGAUUUAAUCGGCAACACAGUGGAUACAGGAAGUUCGGCAGCUCAACUUCCACAGAAAAAUAUCUUGGAGAGGAAAGAGGUUUUAAUAGCGGUCAUUGUGGGAGGAGUUGUGGGCGCGCUCUUUGCUGCCUUUCUGGUUAUGUUACUGGUGUAUCGGAUGAAGAAAAAAGAUGAAGGCAGUUAUACAUUAGAGGAGCCCAAACAAGCCACCGUCACUUAUCAGAAACCAGACAAGCAGGAGGAAUUCUACGCCUAACAACAACAACAACAACAACACACU